AUGGGCAGCAUCCACGAAUCAUACUUGUCCGUGCUCGAUGCCAAUACCAUCGAAAAGAAAGCCUAUGGCUCCGGCUCUUUUGGAGAAUGGAUUGUAGACGACCUUAACAAUCCUGCGUUCCGCUAUACGUCUGACCAGCGACACGAUCCAAAGGCAGAAACGCCCGUGACACCCGGCGGCCUGCUGGGUGCGACAGAGCAUAUUCACCAAGUUGGAAAUGACCGUCUGGUAGCUAUCGCGUCCAAUCAUGGUUACGUCCAAGUGCGACAGGACGAGGGCGGUCCGAAAUUCCUCAACAGUUUCUCUUUAGAACGAUCACAAUUCGGCGGCGGCAUUGGAUACCUGACAGAUGGCAAGGAGAUGCUUUCAACUUUUUACAGUCCAGAUGGAAACCCAAAGCAAUUUGAACGAGUCUUCGGUAUGGGCUACUUCCAGAAAAAGAUUCACAGUCAAAGACUUUCUGUCGAUCAGGUUAUUCAAACUCCCUUCGGUGAUGACCCAGUUGUCCUCUCCCAGGUGACGAUUACGAAUAAGACCUCCGAAACAUUGUCAGAUCUCUGCUGGAUCGAAUACUGGGGCUGUCACCAGUACCAAUUCUCCUUUCGGCAAUACAUGCUUGCUCAGGCGCACAAGACAUCUGCGGUUGAGAUGAGACACAAGUUCAGUGACCGCUUCCAGCAUAGCUUCACCCUGCUCGAUGGGAGAAAUACUGGCCUGAUGAACAAACAAACGUACACUGGGGACUCCGAAGAGGAGAACGCCCAGUGGGAGGCUUUGAAGCCGGUCCUGGCUGCGAAUCCGACCAUGUUUGCUGGAGGCGCUGUCUCGGAGCCAGCCGACGGUAAUGUCGGUUUCGAUGACUUCAACCCGCCGCGAACGUUCCUUGUCUCGCUUGAUGCCCCAUCAGACGUCAUGUCGACAAAUGGGGAGAAAUUUUUUGGCAGUCAAGGAGUCAGCAAACCUAGCGGUCUCCUAACCGGACUUACCAACGACUUGUCGUACACAGGUGCUUCUAGCGCCAUGUUGAUUCAACGCAGAUUGUCCCUCAGCCCAGCAGAGAGCCGCACUUUGUAUUUUCUGUACGGCUACUGCAACGGUGAGGGCGACUCACAGGUAUCCGCCUUGGUCGAAAAAUACAGACAUGUUGCAAGUACGACGUGGAAGGACUCGAGCAAGCUUUGGAAUGCUUCUGGUAUGAAAUUCAGCGCCCAAAACUCUUGGAUUGCCAGGGAGACGGCGUGGCAUUAUUACUAUCUACGGAGUGCGCUCACGUAUGAUAGCUAUUUUCAAGAGCACAUCUUAACGCAGGGAGCCCAGUACGUGUACGUCAUGGGGAAUAAUUCGUCUGCGCGAGAUCCAUUACAACAUGUCCUUCCACUCGUGUACAGCGACCCUCAAAUUGUCAAAGAGGUCUUGCGAUAUACGUUGAAAUCCGUGCGAACAGACGGUUCGAUCCCAUACGGCAUGGUGGGUCACGGUAUGCCCAUGCCCACCAUCAUGGAUGACGCGAGUGACAUACCACUGUUCCUCCUCUGGCUCGCCAGCGAAUAUGUCCUCGCUACUCGCGACCAUGCCUUCCUAGACGAGUCAGUUCUUACGUAUCCAUUGUACUCCGACACUCCGAACCGGGCAACAGUAUUCAGCCUCCUCCAGUCCGCUUAUCAGUGCAUGCAGAAGAAAAUCGGGACCGGUGAACAUGGUUUAUUCCGCCAACUCCAAGAUGACUGGAACGAUGCGGUAAUUGCCCUAUGGGUUCCCAAGCAACACCGCGACGAAUGUGUCCGUGACGGCGAGAGCGUCCCCAACUCCGCUAUGGCAACGUAUGUGUUCAAACACUAUGCCCGAAUGAUCGAGUACGUACGCAAACUUUCAACGCCUACGGUGACCACAAUCCCAGCGGACCUCGCAGCGACGGCACUUAGGGACGCGGAGCACCAUCGCCAAGCUACAACUAAGACUUGGACCGGGAAAUGGUUCAAAAGAGCUUGGCUUGGCUCGGCGACAGGCUGGCUCGGCGAAAAGAACAUCUGGCUCGAGCCUCAACCCUGGGCCCUCAUCGCUGAGGCAACUGACGCCCAAACAGCCCCCAUCCUCGUUGACUCGAUCGACAAAAUGCUCCGUCAGCCCUCAACCAUCGGCGCCAUGCAGCAAAAUGGCCCCGGGGAGAACAUGACCAACGGUUGCAAAAGACCGCUCGGCAUGAGCGUCAACGGCGGUGUUUGGCCAGCUCUGAACGUGACUUUGAUCUGGGCUCUCGUCCAAAACGGCUACGGCUCCAUGGCUUGGGAAGAAUGGCAGCGCAACUCUCUCGCGUGGCACGCUACUACCUACCCUGACGUGUGGUAUGGCACCUGGAGUUCGCUGGACAGCGUCAACAGUGCAUUCAACGAGCGUCCAGGAAGAGCGUCAUAUUCUGAGGUUUUCAACCAGGAGGAUUUCCCCGUCACAAACAGCCACAUUCACGCCUCCCAGCUGCUCGGCAUUCCAAAACUACUCGGCAUCGAGUUCAAAUCGGCAGGCUUGGAGCUGAGGCCAUCCACCGUUCAAGAACCAUACACGUUCGAAAGUGCCCUAGUUGGCGUUUCCAGAAGCUCCGCUGGGUAUUGCGGAUGGUACGCACCAAUGACCUCGGGUAAUUGGACAGUCAUCGUCCAUCUACCUGAAGCCGAGACGGCAUCUGUCGGCGGAGUGGAGAUAAAUGGGAAACGGCAAGAACCCACCUGGACCGAUGCUCGUAGAUUACUCAUUGUUGGCUUGUCAUCAACGACAGAACGAUUGGCGUGGAAAGUGGAAGUUAGAAGUUAG